ACCACCUUACAAUCCCCCACAAGUCCACAUAUCUCAAUGCUUUGACCCUCUCUUAGUCCAAACUUGUUCAUGGGGACCGGAAGGAAGGAAUUUAGGAGAACCACCAGCCUCACCGAAAUCACCGUUAAUCUCACUGCGGUGAAGCCAUCCCAAAAUGAGCAGAAGAAGAAGAGCGACGAGGGUGAGUCAUCUGUGGAGUCACCCAGAGAAUAUACUCGGAUGAGGAGGAGGAGUAUCAACAUUCCUACUCCACAAAAUUAUUACGACAAUCCUGUGAGUUUCUUGACCACUUGUGGCCUCUGCCAACGCCGUUUGCCACCAGCCCGUGAUAUUUUCAUGUACAGGGGAGACACAGCAUAUUGUAGUGUAGAAUGUAGGGAAGAACAAAUGGAAGAUGACGAGAGAAAAGAGUCCAUCACACAGUCUCCUCCACCUUCACUUGCCAAAGAUGAUGAUGAUGUGUUUUCUCUUCAAAUUCUUGACCACUCCCCCGCAGCUUGCUCGCGCUCUUCGGAUCCUGCUGCCGCCAAGCCCGGCACCUUCGCGGCUGCAUAAAUUAUCUCUACAUGUUCAUAUGUUUCUACGUAUGCCUUUUGUAUAGACUUGACAAUAAUGAUUGUUGACCUAAAUGUGACGGUGACCUGAUUAAGCUCUGGCAAAUGGUAAGGUGAGCUGAUCCCAGAGAUGAAAUGUUGUGAUUAUCUUUUUGAAAAAUCGAUAAUUAAUUCUAAUUUAUCAUCA